AUGAAGAAAACAGAUUCUGCUGAAACCAUCAAGCGAUUGGAUCCGAUAUUUGCUCGCUUCGGCAAUCCAUUUUCCAUCACAGCAGACAACGGUCGACAAUUUAUCAGCGAGGAGUUUGAAGGUUAUUGUGUUUCAAAAGGCUUCAAGUUAAUCCAUACAACUCCAUAUUGGCCACAACAAAACGGUGAAGUGGAGCGCCAAAAUCGAUCUAUUUUGAAGAGACUUACGAUAAGCCAGGCAACCAAUGUAGAUUGGGAAGUGGAACUAAAUAAGUAUUUAUUGAUGUAUCGAUCCACCCCACACUCUACAACCGGGAAAAUACCAUCGGAAAUGCUUCUGGGUUACAAUAUCCGUGAUAAGGUUCCAUCGAUCCAUCAACCGAAGGAAGUUGAUGAGGAAGUUGUUGAUAGGGAUAAGGAGGAGUAA